AGUAAUGACAAAGACUAGCAUUCCCAGCAAUCAUUGGUCGACUCUCAUUUGUCAAGAAACGGGACCAAUAUUUAUAGGUGGCUUACCACAUCGGUAUGCAACAAAGCAGGUGACUCAACCUAUCUAUAAUUUUACUGGUUGCAUAGAAGUGACAGAAAUCAAUAAGUUGGGCCCUUUCACCUUUUCUAAUGCUGUGGACAAAAACAAUAUUGACAGCUGCAGUGAGUGGAGACAUAAGGAGGGCAGCAACAGGAAAAGAUUCUAAUGCAGACCUUCUCCCCCACCAUUUUUGUUCUUAUGCAUCUUUAAAUGAAAAGGUA